UGUUGCUCUUAGAAGCUCUAUUCAAAAAAUCCAACCAGCAAGGCUGACAAAAAGGGACAACACCGAAAAAGGAUAACGUUGGAAACCACAACGCGAAAAGGGAGACAACGAGCUGUGAAAUACUUACGCCAAAGAAUUGAACUGAUUUUCUACCAUGGCUGCUGCCGUCGUGACCGUCGGCGAGACCAAAGAGCUGCGAGGCCUCAACCUCAUCGCCGCACAUUCGCACAUCCGAGGCCUAGGCGUAGAUGCCGACACGUUAGAGCCUCGUACGGCGUCGCAGGGCCUCGUCGGCCAGGAGAAGGCGCGAAAAGCAGCGGCGGUGAUAUUAGAGAUGAUCAAAGUUGGCAAGAUCGCAGGUAGAGCUGUUCUCAUUGCCGGGCCACCGAGCACCGGCAAGACGGCCAUAGCCAUGGGCAUGGCGCAAUCGCUCGGCCCCGACGUGCCCUUUACGACGCUCGCCUCGUCGGAGAUCUUCUCGCUCGAGAUGUCCAAGACGGAAGCGCUGACGCAGGCCUUCCGCAAGUCGAUCGGCGUGCGCAUCAAGGAGGAGUCGGAGAUCAUGGAAGGCGAGGUGGUCGAGAUCCAGAUCGACCGCAGCGUGACGGGCGGCGCCAAGCAAGGCAAGCUGACCAUCAAGACGACCGAUAUGGAGGCCGUCUACGACAUGGGCGCCAAGAUGAUCGACGCCAUGACCAAGGAGCGCGUCAUGGCCGGCGACAUCAUCAGCAUCGACAAGGGCUCCGGCAAGAUCACCAAGCUCGGCCGCAGCUACGCCCGCAGCCGCGACUACGACGCCAUGGGCGUCGACACCAAGUUCCUGCAGUGCCCCGACGGCGAACUCCAGAAACGCAAGGAGGUCGUGCACACCGUCACCCUGCACGAGAUCGACGUCAUCAACUCGCGGACGCAAGGCUUCCUCGCCCUCUUCAGCGGCGACACCGGCGAGAUCCGCAGCGAGAUCCGGGACCAGAUCGACACCAAGGUCGGGGAGUGGAAGGAGGAAGGCAAGGCCGAGAUCGUUCCCGGCGUGCUCUUCAUCGACGAGGUGCACAUGCUGGACAUCGAGUGCUUCAGCUACAUCAACCGCGCGCUCGAGGUGGACCUGGCCCCCAUCGUCAUCAUGGCGAGCAACCGCGGCCACGCCAAGAUCCGCGGCACCGACUACCGGUCGCCGCACGGCCUGCCGCUCGACUUCCUCGACCGCGUCGUCAUCAUCCAGACGCAGACUUACUCGCCCGACGAGAUCCGCCAGAUCCUGACCCUGCGCGCCACGGAAGAAGAGAUCGACGUGUCCGCCGACGCCCUCGCCCUCCUCACCAAGAUCGGCCAGGAGGCCGGCCUCCGCUACGCCAGCAACCUGAUCACCACCUCGCAGCUCGUCUCCGCCAAGCGCCGCUCCAAGCAGGUCUCCGUCGACGACGUCCAGCGCAGCUUCAAGCUCUUCUACGACCCCGCCCGCUCCGUCGCCUUCGUCAACCAGUCCGAGAAGCGCCUCAUCGGCAACGACGGCGCCGUCGACUUCGCCAUCACCAACGGCGGCCACGGUGACGCCAUGGAGAUAAGCUGAAUUUGUGGGCGUUGAACGACGAUCAUUGUUUGGGUUUGGUUUAGAAAGCCAGCCUUCCCCUUUUUUCUUCUUCUCGAUGGCGUUGGGAUGGGGUACCAAAAACCAGGUAACGAGGUAGCUUAGGCGAAAAAGAGAGAGAUCAGACAAGCUACCGCUACUUACUCCUUACUACUGGACGAGUAAUUUACGAGAUAGAAGAGUGUAUCAUAGUUACAUCGGCGUAAGCGGAAUUGCAAUAACGAGUUCUACGUUUCGACCUCUGCCUCAGAUAUAUGCAAGCCAGACGUACAGAUGUAAUGAAGACUGGACAACGUAUCAACAUCUGAAAUGCCUAAAUAGCCAUUGUGACAUUAUAGGACAUGACCAAUCACAUAACCAAACAAGAGCCAACGAAGAGCAUAGAUAUUUUUUUUGUAUUCUU